AUGAUAAAAGGGCCCUUUCCAAAUCCAAAAUUUGUGAAGACCAUCAAAAAGGAGGUUAUGGAGAAUGGACCGGUGAUUGUGGCGUUCCGUUUGAGGGUUGACUUUCAUGAUUUUCCCCGGAGGACAAUAUUGGGCCGCUGUGCCGCAUCGAAAGACUGCAGGAGUGAGUGGUCAGAUGAUUGCUUCAGACAGAUUAUUGUAGAGGAUGCUGAAGAAUGUUAUCUCUGGGAUGUGUUUGUGGUAGAGGCUGCUGGAGUUGGAGUUGGCAAGGUUAGGCAUAAAAGAUUGAUGAACAUGAUUGGAUGUUGUGCUGAAGGCGAUGAACGACUGUUAGUUGCAGAGUACCAGCCUAAUGAUACGCUGUCUAAGCACCUUUUCACUGGGAUAAGAAGCCCCUGCCAUGUGAAAUGCGUGCAAGAGGUCAUUCCAGAGAGUGACAUCUACAGUUAUGGAACAGUUCUUCUCGAUCUUUUGAGUGGAAAGAAUAUCCCACCUAGUCAUGUAUGGUGCAUCCUUCUGGAUCUUUUAUUGUUAAUUGAGAUGAGUUGCACCCCUUCAAAAGCAGAUAGAGGUUGCUUCGUAUGUUCUAAUGGACCUAGUGAAGAACCCUGUGGUUCUACAGCAAGAAUGGAUCUUCAGUGCACGACAUUUUACAGAAAAAGGGUUAUAAAGAUGAAGAGGGGACAAGGACUUCAAGAGCGCCAUCGAAUAUUAUUCCAAGCUGGUAUCAAUGAUGACAGUACCAUUUGGUACGAUAUCCGUGAGAUGGGCCCUCUCCUACUAGAUGAUGGGUCAGCCCGAACUAGCCCUAAGAGAUGCCAUGCAGGCCCCCGUGUGGCCCACAGCCUUCUACUUACAGGCUCUUGCCCUAUCUAA